AUGUGUACCUUUUUACGGCACCUGUUGCUCUUCGACAAUCAGAUUCGUACUCUGCCAUAUGAGGUAGGCUAUCUAUUCAACCUCGAGAUGUUGGGUAUUGAGGGCAAUCCUUUGAAUCCUGAGAUGAAGCAAGAGAUUAUGGAGAGAGGAACAAAGAGCUUAGUCGGACUACUGCGUGAACAAGCACCUGUUCCUCUGCCGCCAAACCCGCGCCGUAUCAUCACUGUACAAGAAGAUGUUGCGCCUCACCUAGAAAGGGUCAAGGUCUUGACGUGGAACAUCUUAGGCGAGAGAUAUGCUACUACUCAGACUUACGGCUACACGCCUACAGGUGCGCUCUCUUGGGACUACCGGAAAGAGGCAAUUUUGCAGGAGAUCCGCGAUCGGGAUGCCGAUAUCCUUUGUCUCCAGGAGGUUUCGAUUGAUGCUAUGCGAGAGGUUUUCGGCCCAGAACUUGCACCUCAUGAUUACAAGGGCGUACAGUUCCCGAGGUCCAAAGCUAAGACUAUGUCCGAGAAAGAUGGCAAUGCUGUUGAUGGUUGUGCGAUAUUCUACAAAGCAAGCAAGUUCAUCUUGCUCGACAAGCAACUCGUUGACUUUGCGACAAUUGCAAUCAACAGGCCUGAUAUGAAGAAUCAGCACGACAUUUUCAACCGAGUCAUGCCCAAAGACAAUAUCGGCAUGAUUUGCUUCUUCGAGAGCCGUGCUACGGGUGCUCGGAUCAUUGUGGCCAACGCACAUCUUGCGUGGGAACCUACACUGGCUGAUGUGAAGAUCAUUCAGACAGCAAUUCUCAUGGAAAACGUUACAAAGUUUGCCGAGAGAUACGCUAGGUGGCCGCCAUGCAAGGACAAGAAAAUGAUCCAAAUUCCAGGAGCUGAGGACGAACGGAGAGACCUACCAGAACCGGCCCCAUCACAGGAAUACCGGAACAACACUGAUAUACCUCUUCUUAUCUGUGGUGAUUACAACUCCCCUGAUGAUACUUCCGUGUAUGAACUGCUCUCUCGGGGACGAGUCUCUGGUGAUCACGACGAUUUUGGAGGUAGACAGUACGGCAGCUUCACUAGGGACGGUGUCGAACAUCCUUUCAGCCUCCGAUCGGCAUACCAGCACUUGAACGGUACUCCGGACGAACUUCCGUUCACGAACUACACACCUGGUUUUGCCGAUGUCAUCGACUAUCUAUGGUACUCGACCAAUACUAUGGAGGUGGUGGACUUGCUGGGACCGCCCGACACAGAAUAUCUCAAACGGGUUCCCGGUUUCCCUAAUUACCACUUCCCAGCUGAUCACAUCCAGAUCAUGGCCGAGUUCGUGAUCAAGGCACGCAAGGACAAGAAAUCGUUGCCUGAGCCGGAUUUUGGAUCGGGGAGCAAUGACCGGAGAGGUUAA